GCAGAAAGUCGCGCGUCAGCUCUGCGUCUUUGAAGAAGUUUGACAGGACAGAAAGUUUCCAGACCAGGAUGUUUAUCUCGCUGAAGCCCUUCAUGGAAGUUUUACUGGAUACUUGUGGACGAAUGGACGUCAAAUCUCUGCUUUUCCUGACGUUACACCUCUUUUUGUUGAAGGCAGCAGCUGACUGUCCCAAACCAGAGACAGAAGAAAAUAUGGUCUUAUCAGACGAAGCACUUCUAUUGAAUUCUUUUCCAGACAGAAUUGAGGUCGCAUUGGAGUGUGCUAAUGGAUAUGUUAAAGAAAGUGGCUCUGGGAUUAUAAACUGUAUUAAUGAAAACUGGUCUAGCCCAGAUCUCAUCUGUAAAAAGAAGGACUGUGGUCCCCCUAGAACCCAACCAAAUAUGAAAUUUGAAAUCCUCACUGAUACCCUGUUUGGUGCCAAAAUAAGAGUAACUUGUGAUAAAGGUUACGACCUUAGUGGAGCAGGCUUCAGACAGUGCUUUGCUACAGGGUGGUUUGGAAGAUCCAAAUGUGAAAUUGUGACAUGUGCCCCACCUGGUGAAGUGGCCGAUGGCACAAGCUCAUGGAAUUCUGCAGAUGAUCCAGAAUAUGGACAAACCAUACACUACGAGUGCAAUGAUGGAUACACUCUUGUUGGGAGUGAUACCAUUAUGUGCAAUGAAACUGGUGAAUAUCACCCUCAGCCUCCUAAAUGCGAAGAAGCCUCCAUUGCCACAGAGUCAUCAACCACAGAGACAACUCACAGUGAUCAAACUAUCCCAGCCAGUGCUGACUCACCUUUAACAACUGUCUCACCUUCAACAACUGUCUCUUCAGCAACAGGUGGCAGAGACAUGUUGACAGUUGAGGAUAAUAUUCCCGCAACCAACGUAACGCCAGCAACAACUUCUUUAUCUGGAGAUGCUUCCCUAAAAACCCCUUUAGAGGACUCUGCUUUUUGA